UUGUGCGAACGGGCUCGAAACGUCGUGGAUGCCUAACUUGACUUGCUUGGGUCCGAAGACCGCCCGCGCGGCUCGCGGUCGCCGGAGCUAGGAAUUGUCGAUAGGAUCCGAGUUGCACGCGAGGAGAUGGUUCGAACUCUUAGAUGGCCCAGAGCAGAUAUCAGUCUGUGAGACCCAUUGGGGCAUGCAGCCCGAGCUAGUAACGCUCGGACUCCUCGGUGCGGCGACCCCGCAGCGCGUGCUGCAUGCCUCGCACGUGACAGCUCGAAUUCCUACAUCGCACGAUCUUGUCCGUGGAUUCUCUCUCUGUGCGCAUUUACCUGUUUGCGUAGAUUCCAUCCGCGGGCUUGCACCUUGUGUAUUGCUUCUCUAUGAGCCCUUCGAAGACCUUCUCGCUCCGGUCAACACGCUGCGACUGACACACUCAGAGGAGAUGCUCGAUCGCCUUAUAGGGCUGGAACGACGGCGAGAAGAACAUUGCUAUGGCUACAUACGGCGUUGAAUGCAGAACCCGGUCUUUUCGUGUCUGCGCAGACAGUUUACCCGCACGUCGCGGUAGACGAGUUUAAUUGAGCGCAGCUUGGCUCUGCGCUGUGCAGUCGGCUCACACUAUCGUACACAACGGCUUAAUCUCUGUCUCCUUCUCGAAGCCCGCGAUCGUUUGAUCUCAAUCUCUCUUUCGACCUUUGCCUCUUUCUCGACCGCCACCAUCUCCGUAUCUCCUCCAUAACACUACCACCGAUACUUAUUCCGGCUAAUCCUGAGCUCAUGUGCUAACCUCUCUUCGGCUCGAACUCGAUAUCCUCGUGGCAAAAGGUACCAGCACGUUCUAUUCAUCCUCAACAAGAAGCACGCGUCAGAUUCCGCCUUCCUGACGCGCUAAGGCCGACUUUCACCGGAUCAUCUUCCCGUAGCCCAUGUUUUCGCUGGUUGCGAUGGACUUCGGAACCUCGGGCUUGCUGCUCAUUCGCUGAGUUAGUACGUUGGUCAUCCAGUCAUUGCCGAGAAGCACCGGAUUUCUGGCUGUUGCCAGUGGAAAAGUAAUGCGCACGGCGGAAGUUCGAGAUGAGUCGCGAUCUCCAGCCUUGGAGGGUACUUAAGCCCACCUGGUCCGCCUCUCUGAAGCAUUGAACGUCCCUCAACUUUCCGACCUCUUUACGAAUCCGACAUGUCGUUCUUCAGCUCUCUCUUCGUACUCUUCGCUCUGGCUGUCACCUCUAUCCAGGCUCGCGCCGUUCAUCAUCACCAUCCGCCGGCUCGGCCCAUCUACUCACCGGCUCGGCCCGUCCACUCGCCUGCUCCCAACUUUGAGGCAGAUGCGUCGAUCAACGUCGCAGGAAUCUACGCUGCGACGAAAGGAUCGCACAGCAAAGUUCUCGCCAGCUACCCUACACAAGCGAAUCGGAAGACCAUCACCAGCAUCUACGGCGAUUGGAUCUCGCUUCCGGGUGUCUCAGCGUUCCACUUCAUGGCGGACAUGGACAUCGACUGUGACGGUCCGAAGGCUAACUGCAAGGGAAACCGUGAUGGACAAUCCGAGACGUCUUUCGGAGCGCUUGAUGCGACGAAAGUUCCGUAUUUCGUUUUGCCUGAGCGCUUCACCCGGGAGAACAAGGACAUCCUCAAGAACAACGCUCUAGGCGCUAUCAUCUGCAAUGGGAAGAUGUUCUAUGGAAUCUACGGAGACCAGGACGCUGACAGCCCUGAGGUCAUUGGCGAGGCUUCCAUCCUUGUUGGCCGGAGCUGUUUCCCUGACAGUACCAUCGACGGAAACAACGGUCAUCCCGAAGCUGAUGUUGCCUGUAGGUUAUACGUCGCCGCCUCCUUCCCGCGUGUUAACCUGUCCGUUUUCAGACAUUGUAUUUGGCUCACAGGUUCCAUCCGGUGUACAGAGGAGCAGCAUCGACGUAAAUGCCUUGAAGGCGUUGGGUGACAGCCAAGUCAAAUUGCUCCAGUCGGCUCUCGGUCUCUAGUCAGGUCUUGACGAGCGAAGAUACCAGCAGGCUGGUAUCAUGUAUCAAUAUCACUCCUCUCUGCUCCCUUUGUUGUAUUGUACAUGUACAUGUACCUUUGUAUAAAUGAAAUGACCAAUGUAAAACACUCUUCUCU